AAGGACAUUUUCCAGACCCUCCUUGAAUUGCCACGAACACAGCUAUACUAGCAUGAUGAAGACAUCGUUUAUUUUUCAACGGUGUUGUCUACAAAUGUAUGUCCUCGCUCAUUUUGUUUUUUCUAAUACAUCAAACGGUGAUGUGAAAAUAGAGGUUUUAUUCAAACCUGAGAUCUGCACAGAGAGAAGCACAAAGGGAAAACUUCUAAACGCACACUAUGAUGGAUACCUUGCAAAAGACGGAUCGCAAUUCUACUGCAGUCGCUCAGACAAAGCCGGACAUCCUCAGUGGUUUGUGCUGGGUGUUGGACAAGUAAUCAAAGGUCUUGAUAUUGGAUUGAAUGACAUGUGUCCUGGAGAGAAGCGUAAAAUUACAGUCCCACCUGCUUUAGCAUUUGGAGAAAAAGGCAAAGAUCCAGUCCCACCCAAUGCUACUUUGAUCUUUGAGGUGGAACUCUACUCAGUGUCCAGAGGACCACGCAGCAUGGAAUCCUUUAGAGAGAUAGACGUUGAUAAUGACAGAACUCUCACAAAGGCUGAGGUCAAAGCAUACUUGAAGAUGGAGUAUGAGAAAGGUGAUGGUCAACGUGAUGAGGUCUUCUAUGAGAAGAUACUGGCUGACAUAUUCCAAAAGAGUGACAACAAUGGAGAUGGAUCAAUUACAGCCAGGGAGUACAAUGUUUAUGGACAUGAUGAACUAUAGUACUAACAAUGGCUCAUUUCUUAUACUAGUUUGUUAGAAUUUUCGAAGGGGAAAACCAAGACAAGUUCUUAUUUUUUCCCUGUCAAUUCUCCAUUUUGACAAACAUGACUUUUUGGUUGUGACAAAAAAACAUUUUUUGUCAAAACAAUGUUAAUUAAGCUUAUGCCAUAGGAAGUGUAUUUUCGAAAGGACAGUAAGUAUAGUCUCUGGAAGAGCAUGCUUUGACAAUCAAUUGUACGAAAAUGCACAUAAAAAUUACAUAGUUGAAAAGCCAACAAAUGUAGUACUUACAAAAUAAAUGUAUAUCUAUUUGUACAUUUGAGCUACACUCAACCAGUUUUGAAAAUUGUUUGUAAAUUGAACAACUCCGUUUUAGAUUACACUUUUACACAAGUGACAUGUCAUAUAUUAAUAAGUGCUACAUAAAUAAGAAAAGGAAAAUGUUUGGAACACAAAAUGGUAUUUUGCCCAAAAUGUAAGUAAGUGCAAAGAAAAUGACAACUGAUGUUACACCUUUCAAAUGCCUCUAAAAUUCUAUUGCUAAACCAAUACUAGCAUUAUAUGUUUAACCACUACAAAACAGUAGAGCAUAGCAUCAAGUUAAAAUAAAAGAAUAUAUAUUUCAACAAA